AUGGAUCACUUGUUGAAUAUGCAAAAUCCAAAGCACUUUGAUGGUAAAGGACAACAAUCACCAACUGUCCCCUCUAAUGAUCCAGAAUCUGAACUCUGUGAAGUUGAGUCAUUUUUCAAAAUCCAUGUAUUGAGAAAGACUGACAAAAUUUCUGCUGACAAAAGCAAUGGACAGAUGAAGUCGAUCGAGUUUCUACUCCAGAUGUCAAGAAGUAUCAUUUUGACAGAGCCCGGUGCAAAUGUUUUUGUGAUUACAUUGUCGCGCUGUUGA